GUUUUUGACAUUAAUGACGAACGGGAGAAAGAGUGACCACGCGAUUGACGAUUGUGUAUCACAAAAUAUACGAAUUAUUUUGGCGUAUAUUUCUUCCAAUAUACCACAGUGGCGACGAGAGUAAACAAAAAGUAAUCGGGAAAUUGCAAGCAAAUAGCACAUCUCCAAAAGGUCAAAGGUCAAACUUCCAUUCCACAAAAAUGCCGUUAAUAGGGACAAUAAACAGUUUUAACAUGAAAGCAGACAAUUGGAUCUUAUAUGAAGAGCAAUUGGAACAAUUUUUUGUUAUUAACGACAUUAAGGACACCGAAUCCUGCAAAAAAAGAGUUUCGGCGUUAUUAAGCCUCAUCGGGCAUGACACUUACAGAAUUUUACGAGAUCUAUGCACACCUACGUUACCGAAGGAAUCUACAUACGAGCAACUGUGUACCCUUUUAAGGAAACACUUUUCACCAACAACGUCCGUAUUCAGAGAACGAAUUGAAUUUUAUGGAGCUCGACAGGAGGAAAAUGAAACGGUGAAUGAAUGGUACGCGCGAAUUCACAACCUAUCGACUAAUUGCGAAUUCGGAAAUAACCUACAGGACAUUUUAAGAGACAAAUUUGUCUGCGGUGUAUUGCCGGGGAAGAUUAGGGACAGAAUUUGUGAAGAAAAGCCUACUACAGAUUUUUCAAAACUUCUAGAAUUAGCGUUGAACAAGGAAAGUACCAUGUUGGCAGACUCCAAGAACAUCAACACAGUGGCAGUGAGGAAGAAGGUUAACAAAACCAGGGGUUAUGAAAAGCAGAAAAGGGUGGAAUCGGGUGCAAGAUCAGGUGACAGCAGCAAAGCGGCAAGUAAAUGGACAUGCAAGUGUUGUGGGAAGCAACACACGGGAAACCAAAUCUGUAAGUACAAGAAUUACAAGUGUAAUGUCUGUGGUAAAGUUGGACAUUUAGCAACCGUUUGUAAAUCGGUGAAUUUUGUAGAGGACAAUGCACAAUCGGACGAGGUAAUAAAUAUGUUAGAAUUUAGUAAUAGAAAUCCUGUCACAACAAAUGUUAAAUUUAACAAUGUAAGUUUAAAUAUGUUAGUGGAUAGUGGUGCCGGAGUAUCCGUAGUAAGUGAAGCUUGCUACCGUCAAAAUCUUAUUGAUCUUCAGUUAUUCAAUACAGAUGUUUCACUCCGUAGCUUUUCAAACUGCAAUUUAAGACCAGUUGGGUACUUAAAAGGCACCUUAAUGUUUGAAAAUUAUACGGUUGAGGAUUUUAUUUUAUAUGUAAUCCCCAAUGUAAGGCAACAUUUAUUGGGUAGGGAUUUUUUAGAAAAAUUUAAUUGCAAAUUGGUAAUACAAGAUAUUUUAGAGUUAAACAAUGAUUCGAAUCACAUUAUUGAGAAACAUAAAGAGAUUUUCGAAGAAAAACUUGGUUGUUAUAAACUAAAACAAUUUAAAUUACAGUUGAAAGAAGGCGCCCGACCAAUAUUUUUUAAACCUCGAACUGUUCCCAUUUCCCUUAAACCGAAAGUAGAAGAAGAAAUUUCCAGACUGGAGAAGUUGGGUGUCAUUUCGCAAAUUGAAAGCAGCGAAUGGGGGACACCGCUGGUUCCGGUUCUUAAGAAGGGAGGGGGUGUUAGGCUAUGCGGUGACUACAAGAUCACGGUGAACAAGGUACUGGAAGAAGUGAAGUAUCCGCUACCGAAGUUUGAAGACAUUUUCUCAAAACUAACAAAUGGUGAGUCGUUUACAAAAAUUGAUCUUAGCGAUGCGUACAAUCAGUUGAGUCUUCGAGAUGAGUCAACACAGUUACUCACAUGGAGCACCCACAAAGGUCUGUACAAAGUCAACAGAUUACCAUUUGGGAUAACACCAGCCAGUGCUAUUUUCCAAAGGGUAAUUGAGCAAACACUACAAGGUCUAGAUGGAUGUGCCAAUUUUCUCGAUGACAUAAUUGUCACUGGUUCUACAAGAGUGGAACAUGAAAUAAAUUUGGAUAAAGUGUUCACGAGACUGCAAGAAGCAGGUUUUAAAGUUAAACGGUCAAAAUGUGCAUUUUUUAAACCAGAAAUAACAUACUUAGGGUAUACUAUUUGUAAAGAAGGCUUAAAAAAGAAUAGCGACAAAAUUAAACCAAUUUUGGAGGCACCGGUACCAGAGACAGUCACUCAAGUUAAAAGCUUUGCAGGGCUUGUUAACUACUACUCCAGAUUUAUACCUAAAUUAUCCAUAAUAAUGAAACCAAUAUAUUUGUUGUUAAAGAAAGACAACGGCUUCCAUUGGAAUGAACUCUGCGACAGAGCAUUUGCCGAGAUUAAAAAAUUAAUAUCAUCUGAUAAAAUAUUAAUUCAUUUUGAUCCACACAAACCUAUAGUGGUAACAACCGAUGCAUCUAAACAAGGCAUUGCAGCAUGUUUAGCGCACCAAUUAGACAAUGGCGAUUUGAGACCCGUAGCUUUUAUUUCGAGAACCCUGAGCAAAGCAGAGGAAAAUUAUUCUGUUUUAGACAAAGAAGCAUUAGCAAUUUAUUGGGCGGUAAAAAAAUUUUAUUUUUAUUUAAUGGGCCAAACUAAAUUUACAAUAAAAUGUGAUCAUAAACCAUUGUUAGGGAUUUUUGGGGAAAACAAAGGUUUACCGCAAAUGGCAGCAUCAAGAUUGCAGAGAUGGGCAUUAUUCUUAACUGGUUUUAACUACAAUAUCGAAUAUAUUAAGGGAGAACAUAAUCACAUUGCUGAUAUGCUCUCAAGACAUGCACUCAAAGGAACCCUAGACGACUUAAAGGACGAAGAAAGUUAUUUGAACCUAGUAGUAACUGCAGGGGUACCUAUUGACAGUCAAAAAAUUUCAAUAGAGACUAGAAGAGAUCCUGAGCUUGGGAGAAUUUACAACUAUCUAAUGCAGGGGUGGCCAGAAAAAGUUUUAGAAACUGAAAAACCAUACUUUAUUCGUAAGAAUGAGCUUACGAUAGAGCAAAAUUGCAUAAUGUGGGGGUAUCGGGUCAUUAUACCUAAGAAAUUUAGACAUCAAUUAUUAAAUGAAUUACAUUCCAGCCAUUUAGGGAUUGUAAAGAUGAAGUCAAUUGCAAGAGGCUACUUCUGGUUCCCAAAACUGGAUGAAGAGAUAGAGAAAAUGGGUAAAUCCUGCUUACCAUGUUUAAAGACGAUGGAUAAUCCACAGAAGUCGAUCCCAACGCCUUGGAACAGAACGGAGAGACCAUGGCAGAGGAUACACAUGGAUUUUUGCGGUCCUAUCAAUAAUGUAUACUACUUAAUUAUUAUAGACUCCUACAGCAAAUGGCCAGAGAUAUUCAAGAUGAAGAACAUUACAACAGAAAUGACAAUCGACAAACUGAGAGAUACAUUCUGCAGAUGGGGAAUCCCAGAUUGCGUAGUUUCGGAUAAUGGACCUUCACUGGUGUCGAAGAAAUUUGAAGAAUUUUUAAAGAACAACGGCGUGAGGCAUAUAACAUCAGCUCCUUUCCAUCCAGCAACAAACGGCGCAGCGGAGAAUGCAGUACGAAGUUUCAAAAAGGGACUUAAAGCAGCACUGUUCCAGAAUAAACAUGCUGACCUUAAUCUAAUCAUCAGUAGAUAUCUUUUAACCUAUAGAAGUUCAAUACACUCUACAACAAAUGAAACACCAUCCAAUUUAAUGUUGGGUAGGAAACUGAGAACAGUCUUCGACAUCCUUAAGCCAAACGUUGACAGGAAAGUUAGAGAAAAUCAAGAAAAGCAGAUCCAGAACUGUAAAGGAAAAGAGUACAAGCAAUUUAAAGUGGGGGAUACGAUAAUGGCAAGAGAUUAUAAAGACGUAAAUAACAAAAAUUGGACAGAGGCCAAGAUCAAAGAAGUUAUUGGAAAGAAAAACUAUUUGUGUCGAGGGAAAGAUGGAAGAAUAUGGAGAAGACACCAGGACCAAAUCAUACAAGUUCCACCGGACAACACACUACCAGCGAAAAUGCGACAAGAAGAGAGAAGAACGGUUUUUCCCAAACUCCCAUCCAAUCCAAAUCCAGUGCAUAAUGAAACACGAAAUAUUUCCAACUCUACACCGGUAAAUUUACCUAAUACGAUAAGGGAGGGCCGACCUAAGAGAAAAAUUAGAAUACCCGUCAGGUACAACACGUAAGAAAAAUCUAGAUUUUGUUCUAGUAGACGAGGUUAAUUUAUUGUAACUAUGUAUGUAUGUAUUUUAUUGUUGAUUACAUGUUGUAUUAGUUUAAGCAAAGUGCGGGGGUGUAGUGUUGUCGGGUACUUAACCACGGGAAGUGACGUCAACGUGGACAGCGUUUUUGACAUUAAUGACGAACCGGAGAAAGAAGUGACCACGCGAUUGACGAUUGUGCUAUUAAUUUUAUUGUACAUGUUUAAGUUAUUUAACUAUACUUAAUUUGUAGGUGUAUCACAAAAUAUACGAAUUAUUUUGGCGUAUAUUUCUUCCAAUAU